AUGGACCCUCCGACCGCCGGGGCCCAGGCGCUGAGGGCCGCGGAGCAGCCGCGGGGUCUGCAGCUGCCGAGCGGGCGGGAGGUGCCCCCGAGCCCGGAGCCUGCCUUUGCCCCAGCUGACCACUCCAAUCAGGAGAGAGCGACUGAGACCACCACAGAUCGACUAGCCAACGGAGCACAGAGCAUCCCUCACGAUAGUCCUGCUCAUGGUGAGGGUGCCCAUUGUGAAGAGGAAGGCUUUGCUGAAGAUGACGAGGAUUCUGAUGGGGAACCAAGUCCCCGGGAGCUGUCAGAAGGGAUGUCCGGCUGUCUACCCAAGGAACAGGCUGGUGAUCUUUUUCACGAGGAUUGGGACCUGGAGUUGAAAGCAGAUCAGGGGAAUCCAUAUGAUGCUGAUGACAUCCAAGGUUGCCUUUCUCAAGAGGUCAGACCCUGGGUGUGCUGUGCCCCGCAAGGAGACAUGAUCUAUGACCCCAGUUGGCACCAUCCGCCUCCACUGAUACCCCAUUAUUCCAAGAUGGUCUUUGAAACGGGACAGUUUGAUGAUGCAGAAGACUGA